AUGCAGUCGCGCCGGCGGCAUGCUGCUGCCAUCCUCUCCGUCAUGGCGCUCCUCUUCUUCGUCUGCAUCAUCCCGGCCGGCCUGAUCGCGUCCAUGCCGCAGCGCUGGCGCCUGCCCCUCGGCCUUCGCGCCGUCCGUGGCGGGGGUACAACCCCUACCAGCUCCGGCCGCCACUCGCCACUGCCGGAGGCCGUGCUGCUUCCGGAGUGGCAGGUCCUCGUCCUGCUCAGACGAACCAACGACGCCAGUACUACUGCACCGGGGCCCGGGAACGCUACCUGCGUGUUCCGCGGUGGGGUGUCGUCUCCGGCACGAUCACUGGGGUCGCUGCCGGCGUCCGGACGCCACGCUUACACCUGCAUCAUUCCCGAGCCGGCGCGGGUUCACUACCACCACGAUGCGCCUGCGCCGCUGCUGGUCUUCGCAGCCUCGACGGUCAUCACCGCCGGCGAUGGCGCCUUGCCGCGGAUGCUGAAGUGGAGCGACCGCGUCGUGUACGAGUCCGCCGUGAUCGACGGCGGCGACGUGCUGGUCUUCGCCAGGGGCGUCAACACACGGAAGAAAGUCAACCGUGCGGCUCAAGAUAUCCGGUGCCUGUACUACCAUGGCGACGCAGGCAACGCCGUCGCCUCGCUCCCGGCCACCACGUCGGCGCAGCAGGUCUUCCGGUGCCCGCCGCCUCCACCAGCGACGACGACGACUCCUGCAGAGCUCCGCGUGACGCUCGCGGUAGCCGGCGAGGAGGAGCCCAUCCCCUCGCUUGCAACGUAUGACCCGACACGCCAUCACGCCCCGAUGGCGCCGGGGAAUAAGAAGAGGCUGAUUUGCGCGUGCACCAUGAUCCGCGACAUGGCCAAGUUCCUGCGCGAGUGGGUAGUCUACCACGCGGCGGUGGGCGUGGACCGGUUCUACGUCUACGACAACGGGAGCGAGGACGACCUGACAGACGAGGUGCGCCGGCUCACCUCGUCCGGGUUCGACAUCUCCACCGAGACCUGGCCAUGGCCCAAGACUCAAGAAGCUGCACUAUCCCACGGCGCGGCGGUCCAUCGCGACGCAUGCGAGUGGAUGGUGUUCAUCGACGCCGACGAGUUCAUCUUCUCCCCGCACUGGGCUCGCUCGGAGAACCCGGCGAAAUCGAUGCUCCGGUCCGUUGUAGCGUCGGUGAAGCAAGACGUCGGGCAAGUGUCGCUAUGGUGCGCCGACUUCGGCCCGUCGGGGCGAACGGCGCAUCCGGAGGAGGGGGUCACCCAGGGCUACACUUGCCGGAGGAAGACGAUGGAGCGGCGCAAGUCGUUCGUCCGGCUCACGGCGGUGGACGAAUCGCUCGUGAACUCCAUCCACACUUUCACGCUGAAACCUGGGUUCCAGGCCCGGUGGAACACUCGAGCUCGGGUGAACCACUACAAGUACCAAGCCUGGGAGGAGUUCAAGGUCAAGUUCCACCGCCGGGCGCCGACGUACACCGCCGACUGGACGGAGAAGGUGGAGCUCGGGUCCAAUGACCGGACCCCCGGUCUAGGGUUUGAGCCGGUCGAACCGACCGGUUGGCCGCAAAAGUUUUGCGACGUGAACGACACUCUCCUCAGGGAUGUCACUCGGAGAUGGUUCGGUGUUGGGUUUGGAAACAAUUUUGCUCACCCACAGAUAGCUGGUACAAAUCAUGGCUCAUAA